AUGCCAACGAGUUUAAACAGUGAACUAGUACGAGAAAUUCAUAGAGAUUAUAUUGAAAAGAAUUUCCCAAGUGGUCAUAACAACACCAUCAACCCUCAAGAUUUGGAAAUCCUUUCGACAAUUCGAUAUGAUCCAAAUCUUUCUUCCGUUUCCCCAUUGACUUAUGAUGAUAUCACACCUCAAAAUUUCUUCUUACUCCCGGAGCAUACUAGUAGAUUGCAAUUCUCGAUGAAUUUUUUUCAUUUGUUAUUCGGGACAACUCUUGAUUUCGAAAUAACAGAAUCUUUUUUAUAUAAACAACUAGUUCAAGCAAUGAGAAAGUUGAAGAAAUCGGUAUUGUGCUCGUACAAGGUUCGGGGUCUAUUCAAAUUGGAUGGAUCGGUCACUUUUGAGUUAUAUGAAGUUCCUGGUAGACACAAUUUGUUAAGUGGUAUUUUUCCUGAUUUGGGAACAUUUCCUGAAGAGCUUGAAUUUUUGAGUCAUCCUGAUGACGAGGAUGGAGAAGAUGUGAAUUGGAAGGUGUAUAUUAGUGAUAGUCCCACUUUGAUCUCACCAUUUACGUCCUUCAAAACUACAAAGAGAGAAGUAUAUAACGAGGCAAGGAAAUUAUUACCUGGUACUAACCCAGGUCAGGAAGAAGUUGUUCUUUUUAAUACUCAAAACAAUGUCAUGGAGGGAAGCAUCACAAAUAUAGCCGUUAAGAGGGAGUCAGACGGGAAAUGGGUGACUCCUCUAUUAAGUUCGGGUUGUCUCUGUGGAGUAACAAGACACUUUUUGCUACGGAAGAAUUUUAUAGAGGAAGAUAAUGUAACACUAGAACAAUUAAAGCCAGGUACAAAAGUUUUGUUAAUGAAUGCUAUUAUGGGGGUGUUUGGUGGCACUAUUGUUGGGUGA